AUCUGCUCGAAUACCUGGUCUCGACCAAAAUAUUAAAGCAACGGAAUCAUUACUUAGUCUUGAUACUGGCCUAUCUUUUUGUUAAUCAAAUCUAUUACUUCCUGAUCGGGUAUGUCUUCCGGAUCAUGUGAAGGGCGACGAUUCGACCACUUCUCCUUCGCCGUCGUCUGAACGGUCAUCUUCCUCCACUGCCCAACAAACCCACCUCCUUGAAUCUUCCCCCCAACCUUAGGUCUACAAACCAUCUCCCAUUCGCCCUCACCACUUUCCUUACUACUCCCCUCUACCUCAUUUCCAAUUUCGACCUCAGCAACCUCAUGUUCCUUUUCAGCCACAUCAACAUCAUCUUCCUUGUCAGCCUCGAUCUCUCCUCCAUCCUGCCUAAUAAUACCCUUCUUCACCUCCCUCUCUGCAAUACCCGCCAAAAAAGCCCUCGUCCUCACAGGUCUAACAUCCCACUCGCGGCCCCCGACCGCCAUCGCACCUCCCAGCUCCACAACCUUAUCCAGAAAAAGCGGGAUAUCUUUCUCCUUGCAAUGCAAGACACACUUGUUGACUUGCGUAAUCUGAGGUACGAAAACAAGAAGUGAGCCAUCGGGUUUCAAUGCCUUGGCAACGAUCUCGAUAUACUCAUGACAAUUAGGCAGAUCAAGAAUCGCGUGAUCGAGGAAGGGGGCUCCGUUGGUUUCGGCGAAUCGGGCAGACAGGUAAGAGGGAAUGGUACCGGUGUGGAAAUCGAUGUUAUGGUAGUACAUUGCCUUCCGGAAGGAUUUUAUCAUGUUCUCUGCGUGAGCCGAGUAUCUUGGUUCGAGGUCGAGGGUGUGAAUUACAGCUCGACGAUUCGAUCUCCAAGUUUGGUAUUUCGAGCCGUAUUCAAAAUCCUUUUCUCUCGUCGGUGGUGUUGUGUUCGCAGCAUGUACCGCCCUCGAUAAAUUCAACGUAAAAGCACCAUGUCCCGUGCCCGCCUCAAAGAUCUCCAACUUCCGAUCACCAUCUUCAUCCUUCGUCCCGGGUGUGGUGGGAUGCAAAUCCAACAGCGCAAGCGUCGCAACCGCAUCCGAAGAAUAAAUCGGCGUCACAAGCCUCGGACUCAGAUCCGUAUACUCGGCCAGACUCGGUCGAAGCAACCUAUAAUCUAGCCCACGUCUCGACCUUACCGUCUCUCUGAGCUGCUUCCCAAUGAUCCAUUCGCCACGCAAUUUAUCGCUGCCCUUACUUAGUACGACAUGGCCUCUUGGGCUGAGGGGUGGACUGAGGAUUGGCUCUGCGCGUGAAGGUGCUCGCUUGGCGUUGAUUCUUUCUAGGAGGACGAUGUCGUUUUCUGUUUACGAUGUUAGGAUGGGCGACCAGGGAUUGUGGGGAGAUGGACCUUCAAUUGUGCCAUUGGAGAAUGCUCGCCGGGGAGAACACGAUGAGAAUAAAGAUACGGAUAGGGAGCGCCUUGGAAUCGAGCACCGCGUUAGGUGGGUAUUCAUGGUAGAAGUGGAUGUGUGAAUCGCUUCAAUUGCGAUUAUUCCAUCGGAAGCGCAAUAAAAAAAUCCAUACAUCAGGGAUCCGUACUUUGGCGGACCAGCGGCAGGGUUCCGCUGUCUCAGAUCGUCGCAGGGAUGUAUCUGGGUUAUGGGGCCUAUCACAAGCUCAGGCUCUCCAAAGCUUCCAACCUAGAAGCUUUUAUAGUUCAUAACACCACAUCAACAACAACAUCAAUUACAACAACUUUACGAACGACGAUGCCAACAACAGAAGAAGGCGUCCACCGCAUCGGCGAUCAUGAGCUCUACACCAAGAGCUGGCUAGUACGUAUAUCCUUCACUCUCCUUCACUCUUCCCAAUCUAACACUCCCCCAGCCAGACCAGCCCGCCCUCGCAAAACUAAUCUUCAUCCACGGCUUCAACGACCACAUCAAUCGCUACUACGAUUUAUUCCCCUCUCUCGCCGCACGAGGAAUCUCCGUCCACGGCUUCGACCAACGCGGCUGGGGCCAAUCCGUAAAAUCAUCCUCCCACGCCGGCCUAACCGGUCCAACCCCCCUCGUAAUAUCCGACAUCGUAUCCUUCAUUGAAACCCAUCUGCCGUCACCCAUCCCCGUUUUCGCCAUGGGACACUCCAUGGGGGGCGGAGAAGCAAUGAUUCUGGCUAGUAGUCCCGAGCAUCAAGAGUUAACGGCCAGUAUCCGCGGCUGGAUCCUAGAAAGCCCAUUCAUUGCAUUCCCCAAGGGUUUUGAGCCCUCCAGCGUAACGGUAUUCUUCGGAAGGCUGGCAGGAAGAUUACUACCCCGCAUGAAGAAACUCGCGCCGUUGCCGCCGGAGAACCUUUCUAGGGAUCCGGCUGUCGUUGCGUCGCUUAAGGAAGAUAAAUUAUUGCACGAUACCGGGACUCUGGAGGGUCUUUCUGGGAUGCUUGAUCGGACUGCAGCGUUGAGCCAGGGGAAGACGACGUUGAAUAAGGGGGUGAGGAGUCUUUGGCUGGGUCAUGGGACGAAGGAUAUGGGGACUUGUUAUGAGGCGAGUCGGAAGUGGUUUGAGCAGCAGAGGGAUGUGGAGGAUAAGGAGUUUAAGAGUUAUGAGGGGUGGUAUCAUCAGUUGCAUGCGGAUUUACCGGAUAAUCGGGAUGUGUUUGCGAAGGAUGUGGGGGAUUGGGUGUUGGCGAGGGUUGGGGAGGGGGAUGUGGGGGUUAAGCCGAGUUCGAAGUUGUGA